UUCUUGCAUUUUCAGUUUGAUAAAUCUCGUUCUCAUGGAUACAACGAGGAACAUAUACAGUGAACGAUUAUACGGCGUUGUUUGCAAUAUUAAAACCAAUAUCGAAACAUUGGUUUGACAGCUUAGUCAAAGCACCUUCUCGUGGAUAAAGCGAGGCAUAUAUACAGCUAAAGUUAGUGCAGCGUUCUUUGUAAUAUGAAGAUCACCAUCGAAAUCUUCAUUUGACAGAUAUGGAAGAAACAAACGCCAGCUCUACAGUUCAAGUUGAGAGUGAUUCUUCACCAGAAAUUCCAGAUACAUACACAAAUGCCUUAUGUUAUCAAGAUGUACCAAAAGAUUUAAGUGGCAACCAGAAACGAUGGAUGUUAGUCGGCAUAUGUCUAAAUUGUAUUAUAUCCCCCAAUUUAAGAACGUAUGUUAAAUCCGUUAUGGUUCAAUUGUAUUCCUCACUGACGAAAUCAUCAACUAUGCAAAUUGAUUUACAAACGUAUCCUAACCACCUUAAGUAUUACCCAUCUCCGUCUAAAGGAUAUUUCCUCAACUAUGAAACAAUUAACAACAACUACAAGUUACACGGGAGGCAAAAAGAAAAAUAUGAUUACAAAGUACAGAACGAACUAGAUUUGUCUAAAUUAUUCCUACCAAUGAACAUGACUCAGUAUACAGCUUUUGAUGGCACAUGUGACUCGUCGGCUUUACUUGGCAUUAUUAUCAACAAUACCAUCUUCCCGUCAUCUCUACAAAAUGAUGCCAAAUUGAUGAGGUCAGAAGUCAGACAUCCCUGGGCACACUGUGAUUUUAAAAAGUGGGACAGUAUAGAAUAUUCCAAGUCAUUUAAGUCAAUGGAAAAACUUGUGAAAAGUUUGGAUUUAAUACUUUCGGAAGAAAACAGAAUUUUGGCAGAAUUGAAAAAAUGGGAAACAACAGAGGUAGCCAGUGUUACAGUUGAUACCAACCUAUAUGAUAAGCUCACGACUUUGGAGAAUGAAAACAUUGCAUUGAAAGCAGAAAUGCAGAUACGAGAUAACAACCCUAUUCCAAUCAAUAUCAGAGGGCAAUAUAAACAGUACAUCACAGAAUGGAUUAAUGAUGAUGAAACCUUUGUUAUAACAAGGGCAACAGAAUCGUCGUUAAAACAAAUAUUGAUCGAUAAUUGUGUUGUUGUUACUGGAAGCUCAGGCAAUGGAAAAUCUUCUAUCAUCCACCAUGUAGCUUUACAAUUACAGAAAAGAUACGGAUAUGAAAUAAUACCAUUUAUAACAGGACCUUCAGACAUCGUUCACUACCAUGAUACGACUAAGAAACAAGUUUUUGUUGCAGAUGAUGUGUGUGGUAAAGAAUUGAUUAAUUUACAAACAGUUCAAAUUUGGAAAGAUUAUUCUGAAAAAUUAGGCAAAAUAUUUCAAACUGACGACAGCCACACAGAUACGGCUUCAUCCAAUCAAAUGACAUCUUCGAAAUUACUUAUUUCAUGUCGACUUCACGUGUACAAAGAUUUCCGAUUACAACGUGUGAAAUUGUUUACAAAACAAGAAUGUAACUUGCUAUCACCAAAUCUGUGCCUACUGCCGGUUGAGAGAUUGAUGAUGAUAAAGCAUUACCUUUCAGAUGAAACGAUUGAUCAAAUUAGGUAUUUAAUAGAACUGUUUGAUUUCUUCCCCCUGCUGUGUAAAUUUUCAAAAAACAAAACAUCCGAAGAAUUGAUAAACCUGUUUUCUGUCCCAUUUGACAAUAUUAAAAAAGACAUUUCUGACAUUGUUUUUUCGCAAGAGGAUGUACAAUACUGUGUUAUUGUUCUUUGCGUCAUAUUUGACGAAACGUUCAAUGUUGAAUGGCUGAGAUUAAAAUCGGCACCAAAAAAAAAUAGAUUGAUAAUUAAAGAUAUUGUUAAAGAAUUUGAUAUUGACUUAGAUAUAGAAAAAUCAAGAAAGCGGUUGAAAGAUGGUUUUUCUAUAUUAGAAGGGACUUACUUAAAGAGGAGAGGAACAGAGUACAGAAUACUGCAUGAUAGAAUAUAUGAUGUCGCAGCUGUUGUCUGUGGACAAAAUCUCCAAGAAUGUGUCCUUAAGCAUGCUUCUAUCUCAUUUGUACGAGAUAGAUAUAUAUUCGAAUCAAUGCAGAGUGACUUGGUAGAUAACAUAAUCGUUCUUUCAAAAGACAUGGAGGAUGACUAUUUCGAACGAUUGGUUAAUGAUUUGAAACUUAAGAAUGUGCAAAGCAUCUUACACAAUAAACAACUAGUGCAUGAGUCAUUUAGACGAAAAUUAAUGCAAUAUCUUACAAAAAAUCUUCAAGAAGUCAAAUUUCUUUUUGAGCAAAUGGUGACGCUCUGUGUUUCUGAAGAAGAGGAAACUGAUUACGGAAGCAAAUUUGUAGAAAUGACAACGCCUUUGAUAGAAGCAUCAGCAGAGGGUUUUCUAGAUAUAGUACAAUUUUUGGUCGAUAUCAAUUGUAGUGUUCAUCAAUUAGAUAGUUUCGAUAGGUCUCCUUUACUUGUUGCAUGCUAUUAUGGACAUAUGAAUAUAGUUAAAUUGUUACUGAAUAUCAAUGUGGAUGUUCAGCAGCGUGACAAGUAUGGGCAGACACCUUUGUACACUGCUGUCAAUGCGGAUUAUUUAGAUAUUGUGAAUCUAUUACUUAAUAACAACGCACAUGUCGAUCAAUGUAACAAUGAUGCAGAAUCGCCCUUAUUUUUAGCUUGUGAGGAAGGAUAUACAAGAAUAGUGAAAAUCUUAAUAGAAAAUAGUGCUGAUGUUGCUCUGUGUAACAUGUUGGGUCAGUCACCUUUGUAUGUAGCUUGUAAAAACGGACAUGCUAAUAUUGUCCAGCUUCUACUUAAAACCAGUGCUAAUCCAAAUCAGAGUGACUGGGCCGGUCAAUCACCACUGCAUAUGGCAAGUAACAACGGACAUACAGACAUAGUGAAACUUUUAAUUAAGUAUAAUGCAAAUAUCUUUCAGUUUGAUAUCGAAGGUCAGUCACCAUUACAUAUGGCAUGUAGACAUGCUCAUAUACAAAUAAUGAACCUCUUCUUGGAGGCUGAUGAUACCUUAACUAAAUUUGAAGAAAAAAAGAAAUUACUAUUGCAUAUUGCUUGUCAAGGAGGGUAUGUAGAUGCAGUGAAACUGUUAUUGAAAAAGAAAGCUGAUGUAUCGAAACGUUUACCAAACGGGGAGUCAUCUUUGUUUGUGGCUUGUAAAUGGGGUCGUAUCGAUGCAGCACAACUGUUGCUAGAUCACGAUGCUAACGUUUCACAGUGUAACAAAGGAAAGCGGUCGCCAUUGUUUGAAGCUUGUCAUAGAGGACACAUUUCUGUAGUGAAGUUAUUACUAAAAUAUAAGGCGGAUGUCUCCAAAUGUGACACGAAAGGGAGGUCCCCUCUGUUUAUGGCUUGUAAAAUGGGAUAUACAGAUAUAGUAAAACUGUUAAUAGAAAACGAUGCUGAAGUCGAUCAAAGUGACAAGAAUAGACGGCCCCCCUUGUUAGUGGCAUGUGAAGGAGGACAUACAGAUAUUGUUGAUUUGUUAUUACAAAAUAAUGCUGUCGUUUCUAAAUGUGACAAGUUCAGCCAGUCACCAUUGUAUGUUGCCUGUGAUUGUGGAUAUGUUGAUAUCGUAAAAUUAUUGCUUGCAAGUAACAAUGAUUCUUCUCAAUGUAACACAUUUUGACGGUCACCAUUGAUUGUGGCGUGUAAAGGAGGAGACAAAGCUAUAGUGGAAAUGUUACUGAAUAAUAAAGCUGAUGUCUCACAAUGCGAUAACCGUGAACGGACACCGUUACACAUUGCUUGUGAAUAUGGACAUGUUGACAUAAUACAAAUGUUAUUACAGAGCAAGGCCAAUAUCUCGAAAGCCAACAUAGAUGGCGAAUCACCACUAUACGUUGCUUGUAGAGAAGGAAAGACUAAUGUAGUAAAUAUUUUACUGGAAAAAAAUGCUGGUAUAUCGCAAUGUGACAAUUUUGGACAGUCGCCGCUGUAUGUGUCAUGCAAAGUUGGACAUGAAGAUAUAGUAAAGAUUUUACUUGAACACAAUGCGGAUUAUGAACAGUGCGAUGAAAAUGGGGAGUCGCCAUUGUACGUGAGUUGUGCAGGAGGAUAUGAAAACAUAGUGAAACUUUUAUUGAAAUACAACCCUGAUGUCUCCAAGUGUAACAAGCAAAGUCAGUCGCCAUUGUUCGUGACUUGCAUAGAUGGGCACACAGAUAUAGUGAUACAAUUGUUGGAGAAAAAUGAUGACGUCUCGCAGUGCAAUGCGAAUGGAUGGUCUGCAUUACAUGUGGCAUGUGAUGGAGGACAUACAAAUAUAGUUAAAAUAUUGCUUGAAAAGAAUUCAAAUGUAAAUUUAUGUAAUAACGCAGGCGAAACACCAUUAGAUCUUGCUCGUAAGUUCGAACGCUUAGAUAUAGUGAGGCUAUUUGAAAGUCUUCAACGUUUCUAUUAAGUUUUGGAUUUUUCAAAUAAUUUUGGCCUUUCGCAUCAGUGAAAACUAACACAUUAAUUGCCGAAAUGCGCAUCUGGUGCAGUAAGUUUGGUAUCGUAAACGUAACGAUAUGAUAAUAAGUUAACGUUGAUUAUGUUAUGCAUUCAAGUUCAGAAAAUUUAUUGGACAGUGUUAUUAAAAAUGUUUUGCUUCAUGAAGGAAGCUUUUAAACUCAAAUCGGAAAUCCAAGACAAGAAAAAUGAAAAAGAACAGAUCUACAGUAUAGAGAUUGUGACCUCAAGUAACAGUUUUCAACUCGUGAUGAAAACAAAUAAAAUUGGUACGUCACAUUCGAGGCAAGGAGACAGGUUGUGGUUAGGAGAAUUGGAACAUAUCCGUCGUCAUCUGUGAAACCGAUGGUGUCCAUAAAGUUUUCAAAGGAAUGAUUUCAACUUCACCACUUGGAACAUAGAAUAUGCAGCAACCAAAUGAGACCAAAACACGUUAAACAUGCUGAGCAAGAAAAGUAACAUGAGGGGAAGCAUACCUGUAAAGUCAAAAGAGGGGCAUGUACUAACUAAUAAGAAGGAACAAUUAGCGAGAUGGGAAAGGCACUUUCAAUAGAUUUUAAGCUGGCCAUUUUUCGUGGCGACUCCCCUGUUAGUACUAACAGAUAUUCAACCUGGAGAUGUUGUUGAUAUGAAUAUCUAACAACCAACCAUAGAAGAGUUAAUAAAGAGUAUAAGGGCACUCGGUAAUGGUAAAGCUCCUGGUAUAGAAAACAUGCAAGCUGAACUAUUAAAAGCUGAUGUAGGAACAAUAGCAAAAGUCUUUUGUCAUCUUCUACAAUUUAGUAUUCAAAGUGAUUUGGAACAGGGAAAAAAACCCACAGACUGGCAACAGGGAAUUAUAAUCAAACUCUCUAAAAAAGGAAAUUUAAAAGACUGUGACAACUGAAGAGGUAUAAUCUUACUGUCUCUGGGAAAGUCCUCUGUAGAAAACAAAUCUAAUAGAAUAAGAGAUGCUAUUGACAACAUUCUACGGAAAGAACAAGCUGUAGAUGUUGAGGCUGUAUCAAUCAAAUGUUCAUCCUGUAAAAUAAAGUAGAACAGUGCAUUUAAUGGAACAGUCCCCUAUUUAUCACCUUUAUCGACUACAAAAGGGCGUUUUCCAUCGAGAAACCUUAAAAGAGAUCAUGGCAAAUUAUGGAAUUCCAAGUAAAAUCAUCAGAAUGGUGCAAACAUUGUAUGAUGACUUCAGUUGUGCAGUUGAAACAUUCGGAAGGAUUCCACAUUAAAUCUGUACUGGGUAUAGACUGGACAAUGAAAGGAACAACACAGAAAAUGCGUGGUAUUAACUGGAGAAGAUAAGGCGUAACAGAAGAUCUUGAUUUUGCAGAUGGUAUAGCUCUCCUGUCAGCAACAAGGACGUAUUUGCAUACAAAACAUGAUAUACAAAGGAUAGCUGCAACAACUGGAUUAAAAAUAAACAGGAAAAAAAGUAAAAUAAUGUGUGUAAAGGUAAACAACAUCCAGCCUAUUACGAAAGAAUAAAGUUGGUGGGCAGUUUCACAUACAUCGGAGCAGUUAUAGAUACCAGCGACUAUCCAACAGCCGACAUAACUAAUAAAAUAAAAAAGCAAGAUCAGCAUUUUACAAGCUAAGAAAACUAUGGGUAUCAAACCAAUACAGUAGGAACACCAAAAUGAAAAUUUAUAAAAGCAAUGUAAUAUCAGUGAUGUUAUAUGUAGCAAAAUGUUGGAAGAUACACAAGAGCGAUGGAGACAAACUUCAAAAACUUGCGUAGAAUCUUUAGGAUAUUUUCGCCAGCUACGAUUUCCAACACAAAACUGCUGUAAAGAGCCAACAUGUGUAGCUUCUGAACACCAUUUAGACCAGGAGAUGGAGUUGGAUAGGUCACAUCCCGAGGAUGGUCCCAUGGAACGAUUGGCAAUUCGCUUUGACGUGGACACCACCAGGAAAGAGAAAUGUAGGAAGACCAAAGGAAACUUGGAGACGAAUGAUAGACAAAAAAGAACAGACAUUGAAUGGAAGACAUGUAGAGAAGUAUAGCAACAAGCAGCAGACAUACUCAGAUGGAAGGCUUCAGUUCGCGCCCUAUGCGACACAUAGCGCUUACGGGAAUUCUAAGUUGAGCUUGGAACUCUAGUUUUAAAUGCUUUCUUAUAAGCAGCAACCUUUUUUCACAACUUUUAAAUCGUAAUAUUCACGAAAAGGCAAUACUUUUAUAUAGAAAGUUCAAGGGACAAGAGCAGACCGGCGUACUCGAAAUUUUAGAUGAGGAAAAUAGGUAUAUCUUGGGAAAUUGUAACAUGCUAAGGAAUAUUUGGAAUACUCCAAAAAAUGGUGACUUGAAAGAGCUUUAGAUUUUUUAUGCACCUGAUUUUUCCAAAUUUUUUUAUUAUCAAUAUGCAGCAAAGAUUAUAUUUUUUUAAAUUUCAGUUUCACAAGCUUCUAAUGCAAUUAUCUUGAUAAUAAUGAAAAUAAAAUAUUUGUAUAUUGCUAAUAACACAGUUUACUGUUGCCUCCGAUUUAUAUUAAAAGGGGCAUUAGCUACGAGAUAUGAAAAAGAUUAAAAUAUGAUUUUUUUUUUGUUCAAUCAUGAAUGAAUACGAAAUACUGAAAUAAUAUUUCGCUUUUAGCAGCUAGUUUGGUUCAAUUUUGUCAAAAUAGUAAAGAAAUAUCGCUGAUAAAUUAUUCACUUGCAAGUGAAUAAUUCGACAUCAUUGAAUCCGUAUUCAUGUGAACUUCAAAUUAACCCCUUAGCUAGAGAUGUGAAACGCAUGAACUAGGCGUGUUCAGCUAUUAAAAAGAAAAGAAUGUCAACAUUGAAAGUGAAACAAGGGUAAACCAUUUGGUUGACUGAUUCGAUCCACAAAUACUCAUUCUUAUACAGGUAAAAACAAUUAUUAACAUAUCGUUUUAUAAUAUUAAAUCAAACAGACCUAGAUAAAUCAAACCGCACGAGUUCGUUAUCUAUUUAUAUCUUUAUUUGUGUUUAAAUCAGGUUAUAUGACCAUCGGCAUUAUUCGGAAUUCACAUCGAUGGUUAAUAAGAUGUCGUCUAGACUAAAUUACACACGAAAUGUUGAUACACGUUAUCGAAUUCAUGCAUCGUAAAUUGUUUAUUUUAGACUUUUUAUUAUUUGGAUAUACGUUUUAGUAUGUUAUAAGUCGAAUAUGAGAAUUUGAGUAAAAUCGGUGAACUUGAAUUUGACAGCUAAUGCCCUUCUAAACUAAACAUUGGUUUAUAGUGUUUAUUUAAUUGUCAAAAGUGUUUCACCUAUCGGAAAAUCUUGUAUUAUUGCAUGUUAAACACAUUUUUAUGAAAAAUUCUGUUGAAGAUAUUUCUUGUCCAAAUGGAAAGAAACUUUGUUCAUUAAAUACUGAAAUGUCUGCAGUUUCUUGCAAUGAUUAUGAAAACCAUUUAUGGUUUAUGAUUUUAGGGAAUUUAUUAUAUAAAGACCGAUGGCUUAAAAGGAAAAAAUAAAACUUAAUUUCAAUACUUGAAUACAAAUAAUGAUUUCUCGGUAAUUUAUUUCAUUAUAAGCUAAAAAAAAAAAAACUGUACACAUUUAUGAGCUAAACAUUAAAAAAAUUUCAUCAAAGCCGGACCUCAAAUUAUUUUUUGACAAUGUUUUAAAAGAAAUUAUUUAUAUGAAAUUAUAGGGGAAUUUCCUGAAGGUGAAACACUUUUGACCUAAGACUGUAUAUUUAGUCAUUGCAGUUUUGCACCAAAAGCAAAACUGUUAUAGGGUUUAACGUGUAAAAUUUAAGUAUGGUAAUGUAUUCUUAUUUGUAAUGUAUUGUGAAAAAAAUAUGUAUUUGUCUGUGAUAUGUACAAAAAUGAAUAUAUAUGGUAUUUUUUCAUAAUAUUUAAAAGGCCCAAAUAGCAGUGAAAAUAUUUCUUCUAAUUUUUCAUAAUUUGGUUGUACUGAUUAUGAAGUUUAAAUCUUUAUUUCAUUUCUAAAUGUUCUCAUUUUGUAUGAAGAUUUAUUUUUGAAUAUAUUUUUUUCAUUUUAACAUUUAAAUAAUUACUAUUGAUUAAGUGAUAUAGCUAUGGAACAGAAUGUCAUGUAAGUGCAAAAAUAUUGAAUUUUGAUUAAUUAAUGACCUUACAUAUUUAUUAAGGUGCUUUUUGGAUAACAUUUUACAUCACUCAUGUAUGAAUUUUGUUAAAUGAACCUGCCACCCAUGACAUGGUUAUGAUUAAUUGACUAAACUAGUAAACAGGGAGAACGAAAAUGUACCUUUUGGUUGGUGAAAACUCAAGAAAGUCUAUAGUGCCAGAGGCGGAUUUAGGGUGGGGGAGCAGGGUGCCCCCCCUCUUAGUGGGAAAAAUUUGGUUGAUUAUUCAGUGAAUCACUGAAGCAUGACUAAGCGGGCCCCCUCUUAUGGCAGUCAGUGGGCCCCCUUAUGAAAAUUUCUGGAUCCGCCACUGAGUGUAUUGUGAAAAUUUUAGUUUUUAUCGGCCACGUUUGAUUGAUAAUUUCAAGAAUUAACAUCUAUAUAUUUAGAUUUGUCUCUCUGUUUUAUCUCGGUUAAGUUUUUAAAUUAUAUUUAAAUGUCUUGUUUAUAGUGUAAUGAAAAAAAGAUAUCACUUAUGUGUGUUUGUACAUAAACAUGAAAUAUAUCGUUACUUUUUAUUUUUUUAAUAAAAUAUUUGUAAUUUUU